AUGAUGUGUCUAUUUACAGCAUUCUUAAAGUGCAUUUUCCUAUGUGUUUUUCUUAUGUUGUCGAAAGUCGGCUCGAAAGUGAAUAUUUUCACGUUUCGUUAUUACAUAGGUGUAAGUCCUUUGGAAAAUCUUCAACAUACACCGGAGUUCGAUCUUUCACGUGGACACGCGAAAAGUUGA